AUGCAGAUUUCAGACAUACUCAGUUCCAGAGGCUACUGUUUGGGACCUCGUAUCGGGAAGGGAAGCUAUGCGAAGGUUAAAAUCGCGGAGAGGCUUUCAGACAACAAAAUAAUGGCUGUCAAGAUUAUUAGUCAAGGUCAGAUAGCGAAAGAGUUCCUCAAAUCAUUUCUUCCCAGAGAGCUGUCUGUAAUACUGUCCCUGAAUCAUAUUAAUAUAAUACGCGUAUAUGAGAUUAUGCAGACACAAGAAAUUGUUUGUAUAAUGAUGGAGUAUGCGAGUCGCGGAGACUUGCUGGAUUACAUAAAGAGGCACGACAUUUUCACUGAAGAGAAUGCAAGUGUUUUGUUCACGCAAGUAUGCGAAGGUGUGAACUACCUCCAUGACCGUUAUGUUUGUCACCGUGAUUUGAAAUGUGAAAAUAUUUUACUGAGGCGAAACAUGACCGUCGCUUUGUCAGAUUUCGGUUUUUCAAGAACACUUCCAACAAAGGAAACACUUAGUAGCACUUACUGCGGAAGUAUUGCGUAUGCGUCACCUGAGUUGCUUAGAGGAACGCCAUACUGGCCAUUGCAGAAUGACAUAUGGAGUCUUGGGUGCAUACUUUUUAUUAUGGUCGUUGGUCAAAUGCCGUUCCUUGACAAAAGUACCAAGAAGAUGAUGUAUCGACAGCUUAAAGGUAAAGUUAACUUUCCAGAACAUCGAUAUGUUUCCACGUCUUGCAGAAACCUGAUUGCAAAUAUGCUGCAACCAAAUGCCGAUCUUAGAUACAACAUCAAGGCUAUUUUAGCACACCCAUGGCUACAGCAUUUCGCAAACACUGUCAAUGAAUCUCUGAAAUGUCAACCAUGUCGAACCAGUAGCAGGAGUACAAAUAAUUACAGGAAACCCAAACAACCGGCUUGUGCCACCAUAGUCGAAACAACUCAAAAAAAUAUUGAUAAAGGAAAUAAAAGCAUUGAAAAUAAGAUACCAGGUAGAACUGAAUCAGAUUCGUCAAAUGAUUCUUCCAACGAAAAUUUCUUUGCAUCAGCUGCUAUUAAAACAUCUUUGUGUCGUACGCCGGGAGAAGCAUGCCUCCUUCGAGGCCUAAAGAGACGAAACCGGCCUUUUCAGAACAAUAAUAGUGAUUCGGCGGGAUGUAGACGUCAGUUUGCAAUGUUCCCAAAUUCAAGCAACCAUCAAGGCCACGCUAGUGACUCACUAUCAGAGGAUGUUAAUCCCAGCAGCAACCUCGCGCUUUCAUUGAGAGUUCAAGAGCGCGACAUUUUAUCCAACACAGGCUGGGAAUUUCAUAGAACCUCGCAUCUGGACAAAAACAGCAUGCACAAAAGAGCGAUGGUGGCAAACAAAACAGUUGUUGCAGAAGGAAGUAGAGAGGUGAAGAUUCAACAGAUUUUAUUGAAACAAUCUAACGAAUCAUUGACACCUAUAGAACAAAGGGGCACACCAUCCAGUAGUGGUGUUUCGUACAUGUCAUGCAACCAACUUUCAGAAGCAGAUUCCACCUCAUUUGGAUGUAAGCGUGAGAUGAGGGGAUUUAUACAAACAUGCAGAUCGAACAGGAUAGACAUAAAUGCUAGUGAAAAGCAGUUCAAACGUGACAUUAUUGCUGAACAGGCGUGCAUUCACCAAGCAGGCUUAGUCACCAAGAUGCGAAAUAUUUUUGAAUCAAAUGUUACAGAUACCCCUACUAAUGAUUAA